AUGGCCCUACACCAGUGGGACUACCUGUUUGCCUUCGGCACCAUCUUCGCUGCCCUUGAUGCGUACAAUAUCGGCGCGAACGAUGUUGCGAAUUCGUUCGCUACGUCGGUAGGAUCCCGAUCCUUGACUUUGCUGCAAGCCUCACUGGCUGCGGCAGUCAUGGAGUUCCUCGGCGGUGUUCUCGUAGGUGCUCGUGUGUCUGGCACGAUCAAAAACAGCAUUAUUGGACUUGGUGUCUUCCAAGGGAAUGCCGGGGUGCAGCUCUUGGCUUUCACGGUUGCGAUCACUUGCUCUGCGUCAUGGCUCAUGGUUUGUACGCGGUACGGUUGGCCAGUCUCCACAACUUAUUCUAUUGUAUCUGCUAUCGCCGGUGUCGGUGUUGCUAUUGGCGGCGCCGAUGCUGUGCAAUGGGGGUGGAAUGACGGGAAAGGAUUGGCAACUAUCUUUGCCGGAUUUAUCAUUGCUCCGGCCAUCUCCGCUGGCUUCGCCUCUGUGGUCUAUCUGAUCACGAAGUAUGGCGUCCUGGUUCGCAAGAACUCUCUUCGCGCCGCAUUCUUCGGCUCCCCGAUCUUCUUCUUCACGGUGGCUACGGUCAUGACCAUGGUUAUUAUUUACAAGGGGUCUCCAACGCUGAACCUAGACGACUUGCCCGGCACCACGCUCGCUGCCGCAAUCGUUGGGACAGGCGCAGUAGUCGCUGUGCUAUCCGUGCUGUUCUGGCUGCCAUACGUCUACUGCAAGACUGUUCGGAACGAUUACACGCUCCGCUUCUACCACUUCUUCUUGGGCCCACUCCUGUGGCGGCGUGAGGCUCCUGCCGAUGCCUUGGAUCCGGGCGCCCGUUCGGCCGUUCCUGAUUACCGUGUCAGGAAGGACGAGCCGACGACAGCCGACGCAGGCUCAGGUUGUUUCUCAUCGCUUGAUGACACAGACAAUGAGAAGGGCUCGCAGAGCGACAUCGAGGAGCCCCACAAGCCGGUUGCCCCCGAACCGUCGGCUCUUGCUAACAUUGAGUUGCACCCUCUUGAAGGUCCAUGGUAUCUUCCUGGAAACUUGUGGAUUAUCGCCCGGCAUAAGUCUCUCCCUUGGAUGCGGUGGGCUCUCACCCGCGGAGUGCUUGUCGAUGUGCAUGCGAUGCAGGAUCGCGACAACUCGCUCGCAGAGAUCCACAAGCACGCUGUUCAGUACGACAACAAGACUGAGCAUCUCUACUCCUUCAUCCAAGUCGUGACCGCCUGCACCGCGUCCUUCGCACACGGCGCCAAUGAUCUGGGCAACGCCGUCGGACCCUACUCCGCCAUCUACGCCAUCUGGAGCUCCGGCCAGCCCGCGGGCAAGAACACCGACACGCCCGUCUGGAUCCUCGUCGCCGGCGCGGCCUUGCUUGUCCUCGGCCUCGCGACCUACGGCUACAACAUCAUGGCCGUCCUCGGCAACAAGCUCACCCUGCACUCGCCCUCGCGCGGCUACAGCAUGGAGCUCGGCGCCGCGAUCACCGUCCUGCUCGCGUCGCAGUACGGGAUCCCGGUGUCGACGACGAUGUGCAUCACCGGCGCGACGCUCGGCGUCGCGAUGUGCAACGGCGACUGGCGGUCGUUCAACUGGAAGCAGCUCGGGUGGAUCGUGCUCGGAUGGGUGAUCACGGUCCCGGUCGUCGGCGUCCUUGCUGGCUGCACCAUGGGCAUCCUCCUCAACGCCCCUCACUUCUGA